UCUUCUCCGUCUGCGUUGAUUUCAUUUAUUUCAAAUUGUGUUGAUUCUCUGUUUUGGUGACUCCUUCUCGGGACUUUGUGAUUACUCGAGAUGGAAACAAGGUACAUAGAUUCUUAAUGCAAUUUUUUGGCUUUGUUGACUUCACGUAACUGAUCACAAUCGUGUAUUCACUACGUACAUGUAUCAGAACUUGAUCGUUGGGGGUUUGUGUGGUUCAUCCUUUUGAGAUUGUGAUUUGAAGUUGAGAUUUUUUUUGCUGAAGUUUGAUCUUUUAUCUUGUUAUUACUGAUGGGACGAUGAGAAGCAACCAGUUGGGGGUUUGUCUGCUUAGCUAUGAGAUGAAUCAGGGGUACUUUGCUGAUACGAAAGAGUUUAAGGAACAUGGUGGUAAGAUAACAACUGCGAAUAAGACUGUGAUUCAUGCUGUGUCAGCUGUGAAAUUUUCGGAAUUGGUUGUGACUCUUUCUAGUGGAAAAGUCUUGAAGUUGCUUGUUACUUCUGGUAGCAGUGAGGUUAACGCAGAGAGUUUGGUUGUUCCUAAGGUAUCAUUGGUGUGUCUGUCUUUUCGAGCAAGCUCCCAGGAAAUGAUCAGUUCCUGGAGCAAGCCAUUUCUUGAGUCCCAGUUCCUCAUUCUGAGACAGUUGACAAGUGCACAUGUUGCACAGGGAGAGGAGAAGUUGUCUGUCCAAUGUGCAAUGCUGAUGGAGAGCCGGUGUUUUAGAAGGAAAAUCAGAUGAUGAAAUGUUCUGUUUGUUAUGGAAGAGGUUUGAAUGCUCUUAAAGAUGGAUCCGAUUCAAUGUAAAGUCGCAUCCCACCUGGAGAAGAUCAAGAUACUUGACUACUUUCAAGUCCAUGACAUGGUUCGCAAACCCCAGGUCUUGCUCCUUGUGAUACUUGAAGUUCGAUUCUUGUUUUAGUUUAAGAGUUUGUGAUCAUCUACUAGUAGAAUUUAGUGACCAUUUAAUAAAAAAAAUUAAAAUUUUUU